AUGGAGAGCGAGCCAGUAAGAAUUAUAAAGUAUGGCCGUCCCCUAUUAGGUUGUACUAUUAAACCUAAAUUGGGGUUAUCCGCUAAGAAUUACGGUAGAGCAGUUUAUGAAUGUCUGCGCGGUGGCCUUGAUUUUACCAAAAAUGAUGAGAACGUGAACUCCCAACCAUUUAUGCGAUGGAGGGAUCGAUUCUUAUUUUGUGCCGAAGCCAUUUAUAAAGCACAGGCUGAAACAGGUGAAAUCAAAGGUCAUUAUUUGAAUGCAACUGCGGGUACAUGCGAAGAAAUGAUGAAAAGGGCUGUAUUUGCCAGAGAAUUAGGAGUUCCUAUCGUAAUGCAUGACUACUUAACAGGGGGAUUCACUGCAAAUACUAGCUUGGCUCAUUAUUGUCGAGAUAAUGGGUUACUUCUUCACAUCCACCGCGCAAUGCAUGCAGUUAUUGAUAGACAAAAGAAUCAUGGUAUACACUUUCGUGUACUAGCUAAAGCGUUACGUAUGUCUGGUGGGGAUCAUAUUCACUCUGGGACCGUAGUAGGUAAACUUGAGGGGGAACGAGAGAUUACUUUAGGUUUUGUUGAUUUACUGCGUGAUGAUUUUGUUGAAAAAGAUCGAAGCCGCGGUAUUUAUUUCACUCAAGAUUGGGUCUCUCUACCGGGUGUUCUGCCUGUGGCUUCCGGGGGUAUUCACGUUUGGCAUAUGCCUGCUCUGACCGAGAUCUUUGGAGAUGAUUCCGUACUACAAUUCGGUGGAGGAACUUUAGGGCAUCCUUGGGGAAAUGCACCUGGUGCUGUAGCUAAUCGAGUUGCUCUAGAAGCAUGUGUACAAGCUCGUAAUGAGGGACGUGAUCUUGCUCGUGAGGGUAAUGAAAUUCUUCGUGAGGCUGGCAAAUGGAGUCCGGAAUUAGCUGCUGCUUGCGAAGUAUGGAAGGAAAUUCAAUUUGAAUUUGAAGCAAUGGAUACCUUGGAUAAAGCGUAA